AGGUAUAGUUUUAAGCAAACCAGAUCCAAGAUCAUGGCACAUUUCUAUGGAACGGAGAAAGCUGAUCAUGAAACACAGCUAGACCAAGCUGACGUGUCCUUAUGUGAAUGGGAGCCAGAAAACGUUGAGAACUCCGAUCUAAACAGUGGCUUCUCUCUUGACACGGACAUGCCGCUGGAAAAAAUGGAACUAGACUUGGAGCUCCAGCCGAGUUCAAGCACCACAGAUGGCAGCAUCUUGAGAAGAUCCAACAGCGCCCCUGUGAUCAAUGGGCUUGGUGAUAAUUCACAGAUGUUCCAAGCUGACACGCUAAGAGCUAGAGGAAACAGUAUAACAUCCAUAACCCAACACUGUAUGGAGGAAGGCAUGGAUUUAAUAAAUAGAGAAGCAAUGCGUACAUGGGAGGUACAAACCGCAAUACAGAUAGGUCAACCUUGGAAAGAAAAUUCGAACCUGGAUGAUGAGAGCUCCGCAGCGUGGACAACGGCUAACUCAAGUGACAGCAACCUAGAGAAGCCAGCUUCUCCAAAGUGCUUUGAUUUAUCCCCAGCAGCUUCUCCCCCUAUGGGGAUUGAGCAGCUGUGUUCUUCUACGUCAUCGCAAACUUGUAUGAGUUGCACCGGUUCACCUCUGGCUCCUGUUGCUAAUCCUAUGGAAGAAUUUGCAAUAAGAAGAAGUCAAAGCCCCACCAACACUAUUACACCAAGUAUUCUUGGACCAUUAAAAAGAAAAGCUGAAAUGGCAUUUGAAGAUCAGCCAAAGAGAUUUUUCCAAGGCCCAACCGACGUGCUUCCUUCUGAUACUAACCAGGUGUCUGAUAUGAAUGCCUGCUGAACAUCUAUUACAGGCCAGGAACUACGUCAGGAGCUGCGCAGAGAUACCAAGAUGAAUAACGUGCAGGCCCCGCCUUCAAGAAACUCAACUGACCAACUGAUGAAACAAAAUAAAUAUUUAAGCUCCCUCUACGGUAAUGUAUAUAAAGUGCCAGGGAAUUAGAAGACCACAUGAAUAAUUCUCCCUGGAAGAGAGGCCAGGAGAUGACAUUGGAGGUAGUCCUUAAAGGAAAAAAGGGUACACACUUCUGUGUUGGGGGGGUGUAGGGAGGGAGGACAUUCAGACUUAGGGAACAGCACAGGCAAAGGCACAAAAAUGUGAAGGUAAGGGGGAACGCUGGGAAGGCUGUGGCCCACAGGCCGUCCUAGGAUCAUCACUCUACUUUACAGCCAUAUACUUUAUAGCAUGCCUGUAGCUCAUAAUAGUGUCAGUGGGUUUUUUUUCCCUGAACUGAAAGGGCCUAUCAGCAUUUCUAUAAGUAAUAAUAUUUACCAUUUGUAUAAUUCAUAACAGAUUACAAACUUUUUAUUAAUUACAUAUACUGAAGGAAUUAAUAUAUGUAAACUUUUAGCACUUACCGUAGGCCAGGCAAUGUGCUAAGUGUUUGUUGUUAUUGUUAAAUGAGGAAGAGACUAGACUGAGACAAAACACAUCCGCAGGUCUCUUGCCUCCCAGUCCUGUGUUUUAUACCAAACUAACUGUCCACUUCAAUAAAGCAAAACAAAGAUUAUUCUGAAAAGCAUCUGAUUAAAUAAUUCUCAGUUUUUAUUUGCCAUGAAUUUCUUUUGCCGAGAGCCAUACAUAUUUCUAUUUGGAUAAUGUGCUCUCAGAAGUUUGGUAUGUUAU